AGCAGCCGACGCGCUUGCAAAAAAAAAAGGAAGAUAAUUUUCUUACUUUUUGCUAACAGUAUUGUUGCAAAAAGUCCAAGAGCACCUUCAAUUUUUAUAAUAAAAAUUUAAGAGUUAUCUUAAGUAUUAUAUUAUUAACUAGAGCGCUUGUUUAAUACGAAGUCGCAAAGCCUGUAAAAUUUUGCCGACAGCACGCUUUUGCCGCCACCGCUUUGUUGUUUUGGCGCCCGAAUUUGCGACGCGCACAAAAAUUUGCGUGAAAUUAUAAUUUGGCUGCGUGGUCUAAAAUGGUUGAUCGCAGCGAUAAUGCGGAAUCCUUUGACGAUGCCGUCGAGGAACGUGUGAUUAACGAAGAGUACAAGAUAUGGAAAAAGAACACUCCAUUUCUUUACGACCUGGUCAUGACGCACGCUCUGGAAUGGCCUUCACUGACGGCGCAAUGGCUGCCUGAUGUAACCAAACAGGAUGGCAAAGAUUACUCCGUUCAUCGCCUGAUAUUGGGCACACAUACCUCGGAUGAACAGAAUCAUUUGCUGAUUGCCAGCGUCCAACUGCCUAGUGAGGAUGCACAGUUCGAUGGCUCCCACUACGAUAACGAGAAGGGCGAAUUCGGUGGGUUUGGCUCAGUUUGCGGUAAAAUCGAGAUUGAAAUCAAGAUCAAUCACGAAGGGGAAGUCAACCGAGCACGCUACAUGCCGCAAAAUGCUUGCGUUAUUGCUACCAAAACUCCCUCAAGCGAUGUUCUCGUAUUUGACUAUACAAAGCAUCCCAGCAAACCGGAACCAUCCGGCGAAUGCCAGCCGGACUUGCGUUUGCGAGGACACCAGAAGGAAGGCUACGGUCUGUCGUGGAAUCCCAAUUUGAAUGGUUACUUGCUCUCGGCCUCGGACGAUCACACCAUCUGCUUGUGGGAUAUCAAUGCCACGCCCAAGGAGCAUCGCGUUAUCGAUGCGAAGAAUAUAUUCACUGGCCAUACCGCCGUCGUUGAGGAUGUGGCUUGGCAUUUGCUUCAUGAAUCACUCUUCGGUUCGGUGGCCGAUGAUCAGAAGCUGAUGAUUUGGGAUACGCGCAACAACAACACAUCAAAACCAUCGCACACCGUUGAUGCGCACACGGCCGAAGUAAAUUGUUUGAGCUUUAAUCCUUACUCAGAAUUUAUAUUGGCCACGGGAUCUGCGGAUAAAACGGUCGCCUUGUGGGAUUUGCGUAAUCUCAAGUUAAAACUACAUUCCUUUGAGUCGCACAAGGAUGAAAUCUUUCAGGUGCAAUGGUCGCCCCAUAAUGAGACCAUUCUGGCUUCCUCGGGCACCGAUCGGCGUCUACAUGUGUGGGAUUUAUCGAAAAUUGGCGAGGAGCAGAGCUCUGAAGAUGCCGAAGAUGGUCCGCCCGAACUACUUUUCAUACACGGUGGCCAUACGGCCAAAAUCAGCGACUUCUCCUGGAACCCAAAUGAGCCAUGGAUCAUAUGCUCUGUGUCGGAGGACAAUAUCAUGCAAGUAUGGCAAAUGGCCGAGAACGUGUACAACGAUGAGGAACCCGAAAUACCCGCCUCCGAUCUGGAAACUAACACUGCUUAAAGCAACAUUAUUUUAUG